AUGGUUAUGUUGAAGAUCUCUGCUUUCCUCGUUGCCUACGCCCUGGUCAUUUGCCAGAUGUACUGCUCACAAGCCGCCCCUGCCAGACCGGGUAUGGAGUCCAUGUCAGACCGAGUUACGCUCACGGAUUAUGAGGCGCGAAGGUUACUCAACGCCAUCGUCAAGGAGUUUGUGCAGAUGACGGCAGAGGAGCUGGAGCAGCAGGCAACUGAAGGAAACAGAGGUAACUGCAUGGACAGGCCCCUAACCAAGCGCUGCUCCAACCUCAGCACCUGUGUGCUGGGCAAACUGUCUCAGGAGCUGCACAAGUUGCAGACGUUCCCUCGCACGAACGUGGGAGCAGGAACGCCCGGCAAGAAGCGCAGUGCGCCUGAGAGUGACAGCUAUGCAAGCUACGGCGAGACGUUUGACAGCAUCUAAGCCCUCCCCAUUCCCCCUCAGCCGCUCUUCUACCUUUGCCGCAUCUCCUCCUCUCCCUUUC